GCUACGUCAGUCUCGCCAUUUUGAUUGUCGCAAGGACGGUCGUUUGUUCGUUGAUUUUUUUUGUCUAUAUAAAGUAAGUCCGGUUAAUUAGUUCGUCUGAUCGAUCCGUACGUUAUCUUAUCGAAAAAAAUGUGUCGAUUGUUGCGGAACGGUUACUGAUUUGUGUACGUUCGAGUGCUAAUAAUAUUAUUAUUUCGUAGGCGAAGGCACCUCCGCACGAAAACCAAUGGAAGAGUUGACCAAUUGUUUCGGUGGACCUAAUCGCUCAGCUGUCUGUGAAUUAUCAAGGUCAUCGGGCAAUUUUGUUUGAUUACAAUUUGAAGAGGGCGAUCGGUCGGCCCUGAAAAUCUGACACACUUUGACAACGUCGGGAGCACCACGCAGGUUAAAAUGGAGCUAAACGAGCAACCGAAUUCUAUAUGUCACGUUCAAGCGAUUCAAAUGUACCAGUUGCCGAACAUUAAGACGCAAAUAGAUUUACCGUUCGCACUGCUGAACGGCGAGGCGGUCAUGCACUUCGGUAAUUCAGUCGACGGCCUGCUCGUGUUGACGAACUACCGUCUGUUCGUGAGUCUGUGCGACAGUCAGCACCACGUGCCGCUCGGACUGAUCGAGGUGGCCGAGCACAAGGACCUGUUCUAUCUGCAUAUCGGCUGCAAGGACGCGCGGACCUAUCGGUGUACCUUCGAUAAUAACGAAGUAUGCAUGGAUUGGUUCGGACGUCUGCUGAAGACCUACUCGCCGCCGAGACAGUUGGAGGAGCUGUUUGCGUUUUUCUACUACGCGUGGACGAAGGAGAAGGGCGACGAUGCGUACGCGAAGAUGGAGUGCAAUCGGAACUUGGUCUAUGACGAGAGUGCGUUUAGGAAUGAGGUCGAGAGGUUGAAGUUCGAUUUGCACGGAGCGUGGCGGAUCAGUUCGGUUAAUAAAAAUUAUAAGUUGUGUCCCAGUUAUCCGCCUCAACUGCUCGUGCCCGCCUGUAUUACGGAUGACACGCUCGAGAUCGUCGCGAAAUUUAGAAGUUCAAGGCGAAUUCCAACUGUAGUGUGGAGACAUCCCGGAAAUGGCGCGGUAAUCGCGAGAUGCAGCCAGCCGGAGGUAGGCUGGCUCGGCUGGCGUUCCGCCGAAGACGAGGACCUACUCAAGGCGAUCUCCGACGCGUGCGCUUUCGAUCAGGGUCCGAAAAGUAUGCUGGACAACACCCCACACUCGCCCACGUCCACCAACUCGGAGGAGUCGAGUCGAACGCAAUCGACCGAGAUCACUCUGAAAGAAAAGAAGGUUCUGAUUAUGGACGCCAGAUCGUACACAACCGCCGUGGCAAAUCGAGCGCGGGGCGGCGGGUGCGAGUGUCCCGAGUACUAUCCGAACUGCGAAAUGCAAUUCAUGAACUUGGCCAACAUACAUUCGAUACGAAAGAGCUUUCACGCGUUACGUCAACUUUGCAUGAGCUCGGCGGAUCUGCCCAAUUGGUUUAGUUUGCUGGAGGGUACGCGAUGGUUACAGCACAUGUCGGGACUAAUGAAGGCGGCGGUUACGUUGGUAAGUGCGGUGGAUCGCGACUGCAGGCCGGUCUUGGUUCAUUGCUCGGACGGCUGGGACCGCACGCCUCAAAUUGUUGCACUGGCCGAACUGCUCCUGGAUCCGUUCUAUCGCACUCUUACAGGUUUUCGCAUACUGAUCGAGCGUGAGUGGUUGGCAUUUGGGCAUAAGUUUGCGGACCGCUGCGGACACGCGACGGGGAGCGACGAUCAAAAUGAGCGGUGCCCCGUGUUCCUGCAGUGGUUGGAUUGCGUCCAUCAGCUUCUACUACAGUUUCCAUGCGCAUUUGAAUUUUCCAAUACGUAUUUGGUGAAACUAGCCCAACAUACGUAUUCCAAUUUAUUUGGCACAUUUUUAUGCAACACCAAGCAAGAACGGGUCGAGCGAGUCAACGACAAUACAUUUUCGGUGUGGAGUUUUCUGAACGCGCCCAAUUUCCGUAAUCAUCUGUACGCGUCGCCGCAGGAAGUCGCGCCCAAGACAACAGUAUUGUGGCCGCAGUGCAACGUGCGCGACCUACAGCUGUGGACGGAGGUUUAUCUAGGCUCCUUGGAAAUUCAAAAUAUGGUGGACACGGGUUCCGGCGCAUGCCCCGGUCCUCCCAGCGCCACCUUGCAUCAGAUGACGAAAACUCGCUCGUACGGUGAUCUGGUCUGUGCCGCCGAUCAAUGUCGGACGACUAACAGGAGAAAAAGUGAUCCUAGUAUUACUAUCGAUAUCAUGAAAAUGAACGGCAUCAACCUAAACGAAACUACUUUACCUCAAGACGACGACCUCAUACCUCAGUCUCAGGGAAACGGGCAGGUAACGAAUGGGUUUUGCAACUCGAACGGCUGCAUAACACCGACACCGAGCGAGUACCUAAACAGUGAGUUAGACGCGAUUGAUAAUUGUAAUAACGACUGCAUUUACAAGAAUAACUUGCAAGCGUUGAGCGACGAUUCGGUCGAUCUAAUGGACUCGUCGAAGAUGUUGACGAAUUUAAAUUGUGACGAAGGUAACGUAAUUGCUCAAGAAGAAAGUGAUACGACGAAGAGUGACGAUAAAUCAAUUGAUAGUCGUGAUAAUCAUUUUGGAAGUAGUGCCGUUAGUUGUAGUAGUUCGGACGAAAGUGCUUUCAAGGUGAACUGUGAUGUGAUAAAUAACCAAAAGACUGAUAAUAAUGUUAACGAAACAAAUUUAGAUGCGGUAAACGUAGCGAAGCACCUUUGCGAUGUCAACGGUUUUGAAAGUAUAUGUUUAAGACCGCCCUUUGACAUUCCAAAGACUCAUUUAAAAGGUGACAUCAAUCAUAACGGUGAUUUAAGAACGGCCGAACUCGAUUCGGACACCGAGUGCACGGAGGCUAGUGAAAGUAGGUCGGAACGUACCUUAGCUCAUCCGGCGAAUCCUAGCGCGUUACAUUCCGUCGAGACCAGCACGGAGACCUUGACUUCUGAAAAUGUCACCUGCAAUUCGAUGCCAAAACAAAUGAACGGAUUUGAACGACUUUCAAGUCCCGACGUAUUUAAUGGAAAUUUCGAUUUCUGUAAAGUGUGCGCCCAAAAUAUUAAGUUUAUACACGGCAAACAUAGUCAUAAUAGUAAUAAUACAAGCGGAAAAAAUUCACGUUACUCUACGCCACCUCUAUACUCGCGUACGCCUAGCGGGAACAACUGGGAAACGACGCUCAGCUCUGUCAGCGAACAGAAGAGCGUGGCCCUGCAUCAGUCUAGGUUAGGAGACGACGGACUAGUACCCUUACGAUCUGAUAUGCAAGAUAGGUUAUGGCAAAUAAUAAAAAAGCAAAAGAGAAAGGAGGAGGCACUUCAGAGGGAGCUGCAUACGUAUCGGCAGGCGCUAAUCAAACAGGUCUGUCACCAGUGCAACUACAAUGACGGAGAGAGAAUAGACGACACGAGUGACAAAGAAGAUGGCGAUAGUUCGUUUUUGAGGGUCGCAAGCGAGUGCGUUGAUUCGCCGAUGGCAGCAAUGAAUUCCGUGGUGGAUUCUAAUUGCAGCGCGGGCGAGGGCCAAGCGUCGGCGGUCGAAUCGCUGCGUUCGGACAUAUCAUGGGAGGCGGUGGAGGAGGGGCCGGCGUUUCCCGAGGGCAUCUCGACGCUCUGGGUGCCCGACCAUGCGGUCUCGAGGUGUACGGGUUGCCAAACGCAGUUCUGGCUCGGAAGGAGGAAGCACCACUGCAGUUUAGAAACGGAGAAUAGUGAGCAAUGGACAUUUUGCAGAAAUUGCGGCCGAAUCUUUUGCGCCGACUGUUCGGAGAACAGCACGCCGCUGCCGUCCGAGCAGCUGUUCAGUCCGGUGCGCGUAUGCACGACGUGCUUCGCGAAGUUGCGCCGCGACUGCGCCGAGAUACCCGACCACUGUAAGCACGUGGGCCCGCAAACGACGACCGCGAAUCCGCAAAUAACAGCAUCCAGUAAUUAAGUUUGAUUGUAUUAUUUUUAUUGUAAAGUUUUUUGUAUUAUAUCAAUGUUUUUAGGUUUACAUCUGUCUGGGUUUUGUAAAUAUUUUCUAGUGCACUGUUUUUGGUCACGUUUUUAGUCGAAAUGUUAUUUUAACCUACAUUUUAUGUCGAAUCUUGUGAUGUGUUUGGAGUUGGCUACGAAACUGAAAAAUUUUCCGAUGUAGCUUCCACGGUGUAUAAUCAUAACCACGCUUUCUGAUCAAUGUUCAAUUUUCCUGUCCAACUCUUAAACCGUUUUUAUAGCUUUAUUUUUAAAGUGAUGCACAUUUUUUAGUUUUAGUAAUCCUGUUAACGUCCAUUAAAUAAAGGUUACUGUGAUUUUAAAAGGAAAUGUUCUUGAGAAAUGCUGUGAUGGAAUAUUUUUAAUGCUUUUCAUCACUUUAAUUUAGACGGUAAACAUCAAUUGUGACAAUAUAUGUAUACACUAUUGGGACUCAAAGGUUUUGAAGUGACCUCUGUCUCGAGCAAAUGUUAACGAAGAAAAAACACUUCAAAACUUUCGCAGACGAUUAAAAAAAAAGACGUUCCGAUGGCCGACGGGCGGGCGUGUACUAAUUGUAAUAUAUUAUUUUCUAAUAGGGAAGUAAUUGCAAAAGUCAGUUCCGAUUUUUAACAUCUUAAUCCCUUUCGUUUAGAAGCAAUAAAAAUGGGCAUUAUAA